GUUUGGUUGCCGUUCGAAAUUUGAUCACAAAUACAAACAGAUAUAUAUCUAUGUACCUACAUAUCUAACCAGUUAACCAGUUUUGUACACCAUAAGCCAUGAAGUCGUUUUUUUAUGCAUUUGCUAGUUUUCUUUCGAUCGUUGGCCUUCAAUACAUUUCAAUUCGUGCCCAAGUAUCUGCUCAGUUGGAUCAAUCCACAUUUAAAAGGAUUAGUCCCUCGUUUCAGAUUGUCAAUGAGUGGAAGUAUUUGGAUUUUGAAUAUCCCACGUUUGUCGAGAGGCAGCUGGCGAUCAAAAAUGGAGAGUUUGUGCCGAAAAACAAUUUACCUUUGGGCAUCGAUAUGUAUGGAGGACGACUGUUUAUAACAACACCGCGUUGGAAAGAUGGCGUCCCAGCGAGUUUGGUCACCGUGCCGUACCCGACAAAAGAGAUUAGUCCCGCACUGAGGCCGUAUCCGUCAUGGCAGGCGCACAGCAGCCCCAACAAUGCCGACUGUUCCAAGCUGAUAUCCGUUUACCGGACCUCAAUCGAUGCCCAAUGCAACCGGCUGUGGCUCAUCGAUUCCGGCAUUGUGAAUGCCACAAUAAGUUUAAACCAGAUAUGUCCACCGAAAAUAGUCGCCUUCGAUCUGGACACAGACGAGAUGGUUGUCCGCUAUGAGCUGCCCGCCGCGCAGAUCAAACAGGACUCCUUACACUCGAACAUUGUUGUGGAUGUUAGAAAUAACGAUUGCCUGGACGCGCACGCUUUUGUCACAGAUGUCUGGCGAUUUGGCCUAGUUGUCUACAGCCUGGCGAGGCACACGAGCUGGCGCGUGACCAACUACAAUUUCUCACCAAAUCCAACGGCAGCAGACUUCAAUAUCCAUGGCCUGAACUUUCAGUGGUUGGACGGUGUUUUCGGCAUGAGCCUGUCCCGGGGACCCAAGCGAAAUGAUCGUCUGCUAUACUUUCACCCAAUGGCCAGCUUUAAGGAAUUUAUGGUUCCGAUAGACAUCCUGUUGAAUGAAUCCCUUUGGACCGAUAGCACAAUAGACACGUCCAAGCUUUUUAUUGCGAUCGGCGAUCGCGGAUUCAACGGUCAAUCUUCGACAUCGGGAAUUGCCAGAAAUGGCGUCAUGUUCUUUACCCAAGUACAUCGGGAUAACAUUGGAUGCUGGGAUACAGCUAAGCCAUACGCUCGAUCCAAUUUGGGCACGCUUCUCGAUGCUAACAAAUCUUCGAACUUGAUUCAAUUUCCCAACGAUUUAAAAGUCGACCACGAACAGAGCCAAGGCGUUUGGGUGAUGAGCAAUCGGUUGCCAACCUAUUUAUAUAGUCAGCUAGAUUAUGGGGAUAUCAAUUUUCGGAUUUUAAGAGCCGAUGUCGAUAACAUUAUCGCCGACACGAUAUGUAAUCCAUUGUACGAAUCGGCCAGUAAGGAAAAAUUAGCUAUUGUGUCAAUAGAAGAGGGCCAAUGUUAUUAGACGAUAAAUUGGUAACACCUGCAGAGCCUACUUGAAUUCUUGAGAAUCGAGGAGAACAGCACUUGGUAUAAAUUCGUUAUAUCUAAAUUUGCAGCACAGCGAUAAAUCAAAUUAGAAAACAAACAUGCAUUCCUCAUCUCACAAGGUUGUUUUAUGUGUCUAUUAAACUGAGUGUAGACUGUACCUUGGGCCUAAGUAUCUCUCCUAAUUGUUCACUGCCGACUAGAUUAAUCUAGAUUGUUUAUUAAAUAUUAUUAUCUGGUAAAUUG